CCAGCCUACUAAGGGUUCUCGCUUAGCUCACAUACACGGGCCUGGCAGGAGAGAGAAGGGUGUGAGGAGAGGAGACCGAGCGCAACUUUGACAAGUCCCAAAAUAAAACUUUUAGAGGGAGUUGAAAGUUGCUGCGAACGGGACGACAGUCAAGGCAGCUGCAGCAGAGGAUGGAGGAGGACGCCCCGCCUAAGAAGUCAGUGGCGGAGCUGGCUGGAAAGUUCAAAGCUCAUGCCCCUCCCAUCCCCAUGGGAACUGACGGGAGUAAGCCUGUUAGGAGACGCCCCCCUCGAACCCUACAGCUCCCCAAGACCACGGCACAGGGGCAGGUGGACGAGGAGAAACCCAUCUCCCCGUCUCUGCAUCCUGCCAAAAUCAAAAGGAACUCUGCUCUUAUUGAGAAACUGCAGGCUAACCUGGCGUUAUCCCCCUGUUCCCUCCUGCCCUCUCCUAAGAGCCCUGGGCUGAGACUGUUGCCCCCCUCCUUUACCCCCACCUCCCCCUGCUCCCCCACCCCUCCUGUUACUACCCCCACCUCCCCAGUGAGCAGGGCACCCCUCCCUCGGUCGCUGAGCGAGGAAGAGACACCUGCCACCUUUGAGGUCGCAGCCACACCCACCGAAGGAUCCCUACUGCCCAGUAUCAACAAGGGAAGAGCCCGCCUCUCCAUCCGGCGACGCCCACCUUCGAGACGACACAGGAAGUCCAGCGGAGAGGAAGGAGACGGGGCGACGGGUGAAGAGACGCCCCUAACUACAUCCGACGACCCUGAGGCCAAAGUUGGGGAGGAAGAGAAGGGAGAGGGGGAGGAGGUGUUUGAGAAGGAAGUGGAAGAGAAGGAUGGCGAAAGAGCAGACACAUCUCUGUCUACCAAAGCAAAGAUAGAGACAGGCUCCUCUACCCCUGCUAACUCACAGCAACAGAUUGCCACAACAGACAGCUCAACCACAAACAAAGACCCCCUAGAAAAGACAAAGUCAGAAAAAACGCUGGAGCCCCAGAGAGAGGAGAGACAGGAGAGACAGACAGGAGAUGAGAGACAGGACGACAGACAGACAGCAGAGGAGAGACAGACAGGAGAGGAGGUAACAUGGUCUAAG